CCACCCCACUUUGGGAGCGCACGUGGGGAGGGGGGGAAGGCAGGAGGGGGGGAAAAGGGAGGAUUAAGUACUUCCGGUGCAUUCAAAGAGGUAACCCGGAAGCGCUUCCUCGCGGCGUUCCGAGCGGGAAGAUGGCGGCAGAGGAACCUCAGCAGCAGCCGGAGCCCCUCGGUGGGGAUACAGAUGGAGUGAAUUGCUUGGCCUACGAUGAAGCUAUAAUGGCCCAGCAGGAUAGAAUUCAGCAGGAGAUUGCCAUCCAGAAUCCAUUAGUCUCUGAAAAGAUGGAAUUGUCAGUCCUAUACAAAGAAUAUGCCGACGAUGACCAUGUCUAUCAACAGAAGAUCAAAGAUCUGCUGAAGAAGUAUUCAUAUAUACGGAAGACAAGACCAGACGGCAAUUGUUUCUAUCGGGCGUUUGGCUUUUCCCACCUUGAGGCUCUGUUGGAAGACGGCAAGGAGCUACAGCGCUUCAAAGAGGUGGCUGCCAAAAGCAAGGAAGUGUUGGUCUCGCAGGGCUUCACGGAAUUCACCAUUGAGGACUUCCACAACACGUUCAUGGAUCUCAUAGAGCAAGUGGAGAAGCAGACCACUGUGUCAGACCUGUUGGCCUCCUUCAACGACCAGAGCACCUCAGAUUACCUUGUCGUGUACUUGCGGCUCCUGACGUCGGGAUACCUGCAGCGUGAGAAUAAGUUUUUUGAACACUUCAUCGAGGGAGGACGCAGCAUAAAGGAGUUCUGUCAACAGGAGGUGGAGCCCAUGUGCAAAGAGAGCGACCACAUCCACAUCAUCGCGUUGGCCCAGGCCCUCAACGUCUCCAUCCUCGUGGAGUACAUGGACCGGGGCGAGGGCGGGACCACCAACCCCCACGUCUUCCCUGAGGGCUCGGAGCCCAAAGUGUAUCUACUGUACAGACCAGGACACUACGACAUCCUGUAUAAAUAGAGGGCGGGGCAGCCUGGCUGGUGAGCCACGCCUCUCUCUCUCUCUCUCUCUCUCAUAUCUUCCGUCUUGCCCACGUUUCCCCGCCCACCCGCCGGGCAGCAUCGUCUGUGGUUGUAAAUGGUGAUCGCUCUUGCUGACAUCUCGCUCACUUGGUUUGUUAUUAUUAUUAUUAUUUUCUCCUUUUGUUGUUACACUUACACACUUCUGUGUUUUAUUAAAGGGGAUGCCGGUGAAACAGUC